AUGGAUAAUAGUCUCGGAGGUGAGGAAUUGCUUCGUUCAGCCGAUCCAUACCAAUAUGGUCGUCUGAAAAUAAUGAAAGCUGAGUUUAUCAAACGGGACGCAAAGGGUUCACAGCCAGCAUGCUGUCUGUUUAGCGGCGCUUGGUUUAUGGGAGGAGUCGAAUCCGGCAUCUUACAACAACGCAAGCGCAGGUGA